AUGGCUGCGCGCCGCGCCGCCACCCUCGCCUGCUCGCUGCUGCUCCUGUCCGCCGCUCUGCUCCGCCGCGGCUGCCGGGCGCGCUUUGCAGCGGAGCCCGACUUGGAGCACGACGAAGAGGAGCCGGAGGUCUUCCCCGAGUCGCGGGUGCAGAGACCCACGGUGCUAGUGGCCAUCCUCGCCCGCAACGCUGCGCACGCGCUGCCUCACUUCCUCGGCUGCCUGGAGCGGCUGGACUACCCCAAGAGCAGGAUGGCCAUCUGGGCAGCCACUGAUCACAAUGUGGAUAAUACAACAGAAAUACUCAGGGAGUGGUUGAAAAAUGUACAGAGAUUCUAUCACUAUGUGGAGUGGAGGCCUAUGGAUGAACCAGAAUCUUACCCUGAUGAAAUUGGACCAAAGCAUUGGCCAGGCUCCCGUUUUGCCCAUGUGAUGAAACUACGGCAGGCGGCCCUUCGAACUGCGAGGGAAAAAUGGUCAGACUAUAUUCUGUUCAUAGAUGUCGACAACUUCCUGACUAAUCCACAGACCCUCAAUCUAAUGAUUGCAGAAAACAAAACCAUUGUGGCACCCAUGCUGGAGUCUCGGGCCCUGUACUCUAAUUUCUGGUGCGGAAUCACACCUCAGGGCUUCUAUAAACGUACCCCAGACUACCUUCAGAUCAGAGAAUGGAAGCGGAUGGGCUGCUUUCCCGUUCCCAUGGUUCACUCCACCUUCCUAAUUGACCUCAGGAAGGAGGCCUCUGACAAGCUGAUGUUCUAUCCCCCGCACCAGGACUAUACCUGGACCUUUGAUGACAUCAUCGUCUUUGCCUUCUCCAGCAGGCAAGCAGGCAUCCAGAUGUACCUCUGCAACCGAGAGCACUAUGGCUACCUGCCCAUCCCCCUGAAGCCCCAUCAGACCUUGCAGGAGGACAUUGAGAACCUCAUCCAUGUGCAGAUAGAAGCGAUGAUUGAUGGUCCUCCAAUGGAACCCUCCCAGUUUGUUUCAGUUGUCCCUAAAUAUCCAGACAAGAUGGGAUUUGAUGAGAUUUUCAUGAUCAACCUCAAGCGCAGAAAGGACAGGCGGGACCGGAUGUUACGCACCCUGUACGAGCAAGAGAUUGAGGUCAAGAUUGUCGAGGCUGUGGAUGGAAAAGCACUCAACACAAGUCAGCUGAAGGCCCUGAAUAUUGAAAUGCUGCCUGGAUAUCGAGAUCCCUACUCCUCUCGGCCUCUCACCAGGGGUGAAAUCGGCUGCUUUCUCAGCCACUACUCUGUCUGGAAAGAGGUGAUUGACCGAGAGCUGGAGAAGACUCUGGUUAUUGAGGAUGAUGUGCGCUUUGAACAUCAGUUUAAGAAGAAGCUGAUGAAGCUGAUGGAUGACAUUGACCAGGCUCAGCUGGAUUGGGAACUGAUUUAUAUCGGCAGGAAGAGGAUGCAGGUGAAAGAGCCCGAGAAAGCGGUACCCAAUGUGGGAAAUCUGGUCGAAGCUGACUACUCCUAUUGGACGCUGGGCUACGUCAUCUCUCUGGAAGGAGCACAGAAGCUGGUUGGAGCCGAUCCCUUUGGGAAGAUGCUGCCAGUGGACGAGUUCCUGCCAAUCAUGUACAACAAGCAUCCUGUAGCUGAGUACAAGGAGUAUUACGAAUCCAGGGACCUGAAGGCCUUCUCUGCGGAACCCUUGCUCAUCUACCCCACACACUACACAGGCCAGCCGGGGUAUCUGAGUGACACGGAGACCUCGACCAUCUGGGACAAUGAGACAGUGGCCACCGACUGGGACAGGACCCAUUCCUGGAAGUCCCGGAAGCAAGGUCACAUCCACCGCAACGCCAAGAACACAGAGGCCCUGCCAUCACCAACCUCCCUGGAUGCUGUGCCUUCGAGGGAUGAGCUAUGA